AUGGAUUCGACACCGGUUCUCAACCAAGGCUGGGGAUAUGGUCUUAUGAUUGGCCUUGGUAUCCUGUUCGCCGUUUUCAUGAUCAUCAUUACAUGGGCGCUCAAGAGAUACAACUCUGAGCUGCAGACUUCGGAAAUGUUCACAACCGCAGGACGAUCUCUCAAGUCCGGACUGGUUGCCUCUUCCGUCCUCUCGACAUGGACAUGGGCCGCAACGCUUCUCCAGAGCACAGCCGUUGCCUACAAAUACGGCGUUUCUGGCCCUGUGUGGUAUGCCUCUGGUGCAACGGUCCAGAUCAUUCUUUUCGCCACGCUAGCCAUCGAACUGAAAAGGCGAGCUCCGAAUGCUCACACAUUCUUAGAGGUUGUCAAGGCCCGAUAUGGCCCCAUCACUCAUGGUGUUUACAUUGUCUUCUGCUGCUUCUGCAACAUUCUCGUCACUGCGAUGCUUCUUACAGGUGGCUCAGCCGUAAUCCAGAAUCUGACGGGAGCGCCAGUGGCUGCUUCUGUGUUUCUUUUCCCAAUUGGCGUUGUCGUAUACACCCUAUUUGGAGGCAUCAAGGCUACGUUCAUCACUGACUACAUCAAUGGGCUGGUUAUCCUUGUCAUCAUCUUCGUGUUUGCCUUCACGGUCUACUCGACCAACGAGCUCUUGGGAUCUCCCGGGCGAGUAUGGGAGAUCCUUACGGAGUUGGCAGCUAAGCGCCCUCUAUCUGGGAACUCUGGUGGCAGUUACCUAACCAUGCGCUCUCAGGGAGGCGCAAUUGCGGCUUCGCCUAUUGAUGCUUUGCCUGGAUAUGUUAUGGGCGGCAUUAGCUGGUUCGCCGUACCGUGGUUAACUGCGACAACCAUGGGCCUUGCCGGUCUCGCCCUAGAAACGUACGAUGUAUGGCCCACAUAUCCGAACCGUUUCUCUCCGGCGGAUGUCGAUGCCGGUUUGGUUUUACCUACGGCUGCGGUUGCACUUUUAGGAAAAGGAGGUGCUGUAGCAACAUUGAUAUUAGCCUUUAUGGCCAUCAUGAGCACAUACUCGUCUGAGCUCAUCGCCGUUUCGUCAAUUUGCACCUAUGAUAUUUACAAGACAUACUUCAACCCCUCAGCAACCGGAAAGCAACUUAUGCGCAUCAACUACAUCGGCAUGGGAAUCUUCGCUCUAUUCAUGGCCGGCUUCGCAACAGGCCUGAACUAUGUCGGAAUCUCCAUGGGUUACCUUUAUCUCAUGAUGGGCGUCAUCAUUUCAUCUGCCGUGCUACCUGCCACCCUGACGCUUCUUUGGAGCGGUCAAUCCUGGGCCGCUGCGACUUUCAGUCCCAUCAUUGGCUUCGUCCUCUCCAUGACUGCAUGGCUAGUCACAACGAAGAUCAUGUACGGCGAGCUUAGUGUAACCAACACAGGCGCCAAUGGACCGAUGCUGGCUGGUAACCUAACCUCGCUUCUUUCGCCUCUUCUAUUCAUUCCGCUAUUGACGUUCAUCCCACCCUUCAAGCCCCAGAAGUAUGACUGGCAAAGCAUGCUUAAUAUCCGCCAGUCGGAUGAUCGCGACUUUGCUGAUGGCGCAAGCAUGGAUAUUGAGACUGCUCCAACGGUUCAGAUACAAGCGCUUGGUGGCCCAGAUGAGAAAGCCAAGCUCGACAAAGCCGCCAAGACUGCUCGUUGGCUUACUGUCGGCGUUACUCUCGUCCUGCUAAUUCUUUGGCCAAUGCCAUUAUACGGCAGUGGCUACGUUUUUGGUAAAUCUUUCUUUACCGGUUGGGUCGUGGUGGGCAUCACAUGGCUGUUUGCAUCCAUGAUAAUGGUCGUUUUCUUGCCGAUCUUUGAGUCUCGAAGCACCAUCGUGCGUACUAGUCAAAUGAUGUUGAAGGAUUUAUUCGGUAUAAAAGGAAGGAAGAAGCCAGCAAUCGACGGCCAGUCACCUAACUUGAGGACGCCACCAGAGGUGGCUGAGAAAGUCGAGCCGAAGGCUUGA